AUGUCUGUGGAGUCGGACUCGCUCAGCUACGACCUUGCUCCCGGUGAUGAAGACGCGCCCAUUGACCUUCAAUCGGAGGUGGAGAACAUGUUUGACGAGGACAUGGAGGCCGAGCAAGUGUUGGCCAAACUCAUGAGGCGCCACAACCGGUACUCGCAGAGCUUUGCAAACAAGGUGGUGCGUGAGACGAACAGGCACAACUUCCUGCACAGCUGCCUCACGUGUUCGCACAUGUUCGACUCGUGGCGCCAGCUGAAACAGCAUUUGAUCCGCGAGAAACACAUCAAGUCAGGCAAGACCCACAAAGCUCAGCAACGGCAAGAGCUCGAAGAGCUCGACAAUCGUGUCCGGGACAAGGAUCCUGACGACUACUCGCCUGCCGAGUUGCGCACUAUGCAUGCCAAGGGGCGCGGCGCGGCGUGGACUAGCCGGCAUGCACCGCUUGAGCUGGUGGAGGAGCGACUCAUGGCGCGGGCGGCGGAUGAGGAUGCGCUAGUGAAGGAAUACAUGGCCCAGCACGGCAUCGAGAAUGUCCGCGGCGGCGCGUACUCGAGCGUCACCCUCUCGCAUGUGCAGGCGCAAGCGCUGGUCACCGAGCUGUGGCAUGCCGAGGACCGCUGCCUCGGGUGUGGCAACCAGGGCCACUACGUCCGCGACUGUCCAGCUGACUCGGAGUCGUACGAUACCGAGUCGGACGAUUCGCCGUCGCCGCCACCUGCACGGGUGGUCUGCUACGCGUGCGGCGAGACCGGCCACGUGCGCCCUGCCUGCCGUUACAAGUCGGCCACAUGGUACACCUGUGGCGUGCUGGGCCACAUCGCGCCCGUCUGCCCCCUGGGCGCCGACGCGGGCUCGGGCUCGUCGUCGAGCAGUCCUGAGGUGCCGCUCCGCUCGUCACGGUCGUCGCGGUCAUCACGCACGCCAUCACGGACCUCGCGCUCCUCAGGUGUAGUGUGCUUUGCGUGCGGCCGGUCAGGGCACGUCCGACCUGCUUGCCGAUACAAGUCGGCGACGUGCUACUCGUGCGGGGAGUAUGGCCACAUCGUCCCUGCGUGCCCGAACACGUGA